GUCUCCGCGUCCAGCAGCCACGUGGAGCCCCACCACCCACCAACGUUGCCCCCGAGUGCGGCAGACCAGCGGACCAGCAGCCUCCGAUGGGAGCAGCAGAUGCCAACGACGACGCCACCCUGGCUCAGCAGGUGCCCAUAUGCCUACGCCAGCACGCAGACCUGCGCCACGCCCGCACGCUCCCCCAGGGGCGGCAGCGCCUCUCGCAGCCAGGCAAGGCUGGGGCAGGAAGAGCAGCACGCCUCCGCCGGCGCCUAUGCGGCCCCGCGGGCGCCCCGGCAGUGCCUCGCGGCCUCGGGAGAAGAAACAGACCAGGGGAGGAAGUACAGGAAGGGCAUCGUCGCCCCUGCCCACUGCAGGUACGCGGCUGGCGUCGGCGGGGCGAGGGAGCCAGCCCGCCAGGCUCGCCACCCCGCCGCCGAGGCAGAGGCCGCUCCACGCGGCGGGCGCCCCGCGGGCGCCCGCGGCGCGCUGCAUCGCCAGGUCGGCGGCCUCGGCGACCGCGAGCGACGCGAAGGCCGGGCCGGAGGAGAAAAGGAGGGGGGGUCGUACAGGCCCAGGCGCCCCUCGCGUCGUGGCGAACUCAUGGCGGAGAAGGUGUUUCGCUGGGGGGGGGGGGGCCCUUGCAAGGCCUCCGGGCCGUCAAGGAACGGGCUCGGGCUGACAGGCCAGUCCGGGGACGACGUCAAGAAGAAUAAAGAUGACGACGGCCCAGAACAAGUGCGAGAGGUCCGACGUCGUCGUGGAACGUGAUCGCGGCCAUGGGCACCAUGGCGAGCGCCGCGGAGAAGCCGCUGAGGCCGAAGAUGAGGCUGCACCUGAGCGACGAAUCGAGGCGGGGCAUACGACAGGGGGUACCGCGAGCUUCCGCCGUGGGUUACGCGGGCCGCCGGCCUGGCACUCCGCGUGGGAGAGAGGGCGAUCACGCGCAGCCUUACGCGGGGAAACUUUCGCGCCAAUGUCCGCGCAAUCGACCCCGUCUUCUUUCGUCGCUCACCUGAUACGGAUGCACUUCAGGUCAAGGCACCUGCACGGAUGACCGA